AAUUUGUCACGAAACGUGUGAUUUAUCUUCAUACAGAAAACCAAAUUUUCAGUCUUUUGAAUUAUAAUAACUAGCAAGAUAAUUUUUAGUAUUGUUUUAUUAAUUAUUACACAGGUUUUAUUUCUUAACUGAUUUAAGGAUGGUGCGAUAUAAAAACCGUUACAUGGUUAUUCAAUUAAGAACUUUAGAGAAUGACAAUUUAGAUUUUAAAGUUUCUGAUAAAGAAUUGCAAAUAUCAGUAUUAAAUAUGAUCAAAUCAUUACAUGGAGAUUUUGGAGCUGGAGCUAUUAAAACAUGUUUUAAAGUUCGUUAUUGUAAUCCAACUACAAAAAUUAUAAUUUUUAAAACCAGACAUGGUCCUCAUAAAUUUCUUGCUUCUGUCAUACCAUUUAUUAACAAACAUCAAGAAAAACAAAUUCAAUUAUCAUCACUUUAUACUGGUGCAUCUAUGUUUCAGUGCUAUAAAUUUAUUCAGAACUAUCAAAAAGAUCUUGUAAGAAAAAUGACCAAUACAAUAAGUGAGAAAACCAAAGAAAAAAUGUUAAAUAUCACUAAUGUAGCAAAUUUCUGAUUUUUAAAAGAUUGAUUGUUUGAAUUUUUAAU